GCUAUGUAAAAAUACAUUCCCAUUUAUAUUGUCCCAUUUUUCUCCUUUCAAAUUAAAUUACAAUAUGUUCGUUGUCGAAAAUUUGCAAUGGAAGACGAUGGUGAUGGUGGUGGUGAUGGGGAUUAUGUUAUGUAUGAUGUCGUCAAAAUCAUUAGCACAAUCUACAUGUGUAAAAAGAAUAGGAAAUUGUUCUAAUAUGAGCUCAAAUAGAACAAGUAAUGAAACUCAGUUAUGCUGCUAUAAGUGGUCAAGAGAAAUCAAAAAUCAUAAGGGGUGUGUUUGCGACAAUUUUACUCCUUCGUCUCUCAGUUUGCUGUCUGAUUUUUUUGAUAAGUGCGGCAUAAAUCCUAACCCUCUAAUUUUGUGCGGUGAAGUUGUUUCAACUCCAGCAAGUUCACCAGCUCAACCAAUUCCUGCAUCAAAAUCAAGACCCACUCGAGCAUCACGGCGAAAAAAGAAAAAUGUGACUGCUGCCGCGGUAGUUGUUCCAGUGGUUGUCCUUGUAGUGCUGAUUGCUAUAGCCAUGAUUCUAUACAAAAGGAAAACAGCAAAUAAGUCGCUAAAUUUACCAAAUGUAAUGGCAGAGGAUAACGAUUUCAUGACAGCCGAAUCCUUACAAUAUGAGUUGAGUACUCUUCAGGCUGCAACAAACAACUUCUCUAAUGAACACAAAAUAGGUAGAGGAGGAUUCGGCAUCGUUUACAAGGGUGUUCUAACAGAUCAAAGAGAAAUAGCAAUCAAAAGGCUAUCAAACAGCUCUUGUCAAGGCGAUAAAGAAUUCAAGAAUGAAGUAGUACUCUUAGCAAAACUUCAGCAUCGUAAUCUUGUUAGACUACAUGGAUUUUGCUUAGCUGAUGACGAGCAAUUGCUUGUUUAUGAAUUUGUCCCUAACAAAAGCCUCGACUACUUCCUAUUUGAUGCUACAAAACAAGGACAAUUGGAUUGGCCAAAGCGUUACAAUAUCAUUAAAGGUGUUGCUCGAGGGAUGCUUUAUCUUCAUGAAGACUCGCCUGUUCGAAUUAUUCAUCGUGAUCUUAAAGCUGCUAAUGUAUUGUUAGAUAAAGAGAUGAACCCUAAGAUUGCUGAUUUUGGCAUGGCCAGGAUAAGUGCUCGUGAACAGUCACAUAUUGAUGCAAGUCGAGUUGUUGGUACUUUUGGUUAUAUGGCUCCUGAGUAUUUACUUCAUGGACAAUUCUCUGUAAAAUCAGAUGUUUAUAGCUUUGGUGCGCUAGUAUUGGAGAUUAUAAGUGGGAAAAAAGUUAGUGGUUUCAUAUAUCAAACAGGUGUUACUGAAACCCUUUUGAGCUAUGCAUGGAAAUGUUGGUUAGAAGGAGAUACAUUGGAACUAAUGGAUCCAACAAUGAGAGAUACAUGUUCAAAUGAGGAAGUAAUAAAAUGCGUAAAAAUGGGACUAUCAUGUGUUCAAGAAGAUGUUAGUAAGAGACCAACAAUGGCGACAAUAGUGCAAUUACUCAACUCUACCUUUACCACUUCCACUUCUCUUUCAAGGCUUCAACCUCCCGCAUUUUUGUACACCAGCACUUCAGAUCAAUCAACAACAACCGCAACAACAAGCCUUACGCAAUCAAUGCUAUGGCCUCGAGACUUCUCGAUCGAAAAAUGGCGGUCGACGGUGGUGGCGAUGGUGGCGGUGACAACAAUAAUAAAUAUGGUGUCAAAAACAUCAGCACAAGUACCAGGUUGUGUAACAAGAUUAGGAACAUGUUCUGAGAUCACCAACUUAAAAAGUAUGGGUAGUAGUCAAACUACGCAUUGCUGCUACGAUUGGUCAGACGAAAUUGAGAAUCAUAAGCAGUGUAUUUGUGACUAUUAUGCUUCUUCUCUCAAUUCUAUGUCUCAGUUUUUUGUUUACUGCGACAUAAAUGUUAAUCCUCUUACUAUGUGUGCCGGCCAAGUUUCCUUGACUCCAACAAAUUCAGCACCUCCGGGUUCAGAUUUAGCACCCACUAAAUCCCCACGAAAAAACACAAGUGUUGGUGCUGUUGCGGUUAUUGUUCCAAUGAUCGUCCUUGUGGUGCUGAUUGUUAUAGGCAUUCUUCUAUACAGAAGAAUAAACGGAAAGAAGCCACUAGUGAUCCAUACAAAUGUUUCAGAGAAUGCGGUACCAGGUGAUGUUGAGGCUGCUAACUCAAUUCAUGCUAUUCCUACCUCGCCUGCGGCCUCAGUCAAGAAUGAAUUUGCGACAGCUGAAUCUUUACAAUAUGAAUUAAGUACACUUAAAGACGCUACUAACAACUUCUCCAAUGACCAUAAAAUUGGUAGAGGAGGAUUUGGCAUUGUUUACAAGGGUAUUCUAGAAGAUGGCAGAGAAAUUGCAGUGAAAAGGCUAUCCAAUAGUUCUUCACAAGGUGCUAAAGAAUUCAAGAAUGAAGUGUUACUCUUAGCCAAGCUCCAACAUAGAAAUCUGGUUAGGCUAUUAGGAUUCUGCUUAGCUGAUGAUGAAGAGUUACUUGUUUAUGAAUUUGUGCCUAACAAGAGCCUUGACUACUUCCUAUUUGAUUCCAAAAAACAAGGACAAUUAGAUUGGCCAAAGCGUUACAAUAUCAUCAAAGGUGUUGCUCGAGGAAUGCUUUAUCUUCAUGAAGACUCGCAUGUUCGAAUUAUUCACCGUGAUCUUAAAGCUGCUAAUGUCUUGUUGGAUGCACAAAUGAAUGCAAAAAUUGCGGAUUUUGGCAUGGCUAGAAUAAGUGCUCUUGAACAAACACAUGUUGAUACAAGCCGAGUUGUUGGUACUUAUGGUUAUAUGGCUCCUGAAUAUUUAUUACAAGGACAAUUUUCAAUAAAAUCAGAUGUGUAUAGCUUUGGUGUGCUAGUAUUGGAGAUUGUAAGUGGGCAAAAAGUUGGUGGCUUCGUAUAUCAAGAAGGUGCAAGCGUAAACCUUUUGAGUAAUGCAUGGAAAUGUUGGCAAGAAGGAAGAACGUUGGAUCUAAUAGAUCCAACAUUGAAAGAUUCAAGUUGGAAUGAUCAAGAGGUAAUCAAAUGCGUAAAAAUGGGCUUAUCAUGUGUUCAAGAGGAUGUUAAUAAGAGGCCCACAAUGGCGACCUUAGUACAAUUACUCAACUAUAGCUUUUCUACUUCAAUUCCUCUUUCAAGGCUUCAACCCCCAUCAUUCAUAAACACCACCACUUCUGAUCAAUCCACCACAACCACCACCACCACAACAACACAAAGCUACUCGCAGUCAUUGCCAUGGUCUCGGAACUAA